AUGGCUCCCGGUCUGCAGGAUCUCAUCGAUUUCUUGCUGAACGAGGUCGCCCUCUGUGGCGAUCAAGGAGCAACGCUGUCUGUUGUUCUCCAAGCCAUCGACACUUUUUAUGGCAAUCUCGCUCAAGAUGCAACUCAGCGGAAGCAGAGUGUCGACCGUCGCUUCCAAGCGAAGGUUUGGUCCUGGCUGACGCGAAACCCAGAAGUGUCCGUGGGCAAGGACAACGAAUGGAAUCACCUGAAUCUGGACGACGUGGAGCAGCUUGGCAAAUCAGUGCCUGAGCCGUCCUCAGCUGCUGAAGGUUCGGCGGAUGACCUGUCCACCUCCAAUCCAGUUCGCAUCUUUGUCUCCGAGGAACGAACCUGGUAUGCGAUCACUGGCCAUGAGCCGGAUGAUUCCAAGGUGUUUCCCUUGGAGUUUGUGCUGCUGUCCAUCAUCGCCUCGCAUAAAUCGCAGGGCAUCGCCCAGCCCGAACUGGUGAGGCUGAGCGGCCAAGACAAGCGUUCCGUGCCUAAGCGAACAGACAAGCUCGCGAAGAAUGGCUACAUCGAGAAGCGAGCUGUUCAAGUCAAAUCCUCUCGGACCAGUAUAUGUACGCUUCGCAAGUUCGUGCAGCAAAAAAUCGAUCGAACAAGUGAAUUGAGCAGCGGCAAGGAUGAAGUGAUUGAUUUCGAGGGUUUUACCACCAAAUUGUUCGAGAUUCUCCAGAAGCAGCCCUCUCGGAUCAUGGCUCGCAACGACCUCAAAUCGGAACUAAACUUUACAGAUAAGUGGCGAUGGAGACUUUUAUCCCGCGCCAUCCGCAAGUUCGAGCGUAUCGGGGUACUGAAGCGGGUGAAGGCCCAAUCGCAGUACGACAAAAUGCACCCUUGUGUCAUGCUUCUUCGGGACCCUACACCAGAGGACUUGAAGCGGUAUUACGAGUACAGGCAUGACAUGCUGGACACCGCUGGUGACCAGGAGGAUCGCGUGGACGCCGACGAAGAUGUUGAGAUGGAGACCGAGGAGAAGACAGCACCAUCUUGGACACCAGAUCGCAACUUGCACAACCAACUCGUGGACAUUGUGGACAAAUCUGGAACAGCAGGCAUCCCCAAUCAGGAUAUCAUCCGAGCCUUGUUUGGAAACUUCUUUCGAAGGCCAUUGGAGACUGCGUUGCAGCGGAUUGUAAACUGUUGGCAAUUGUCUCAGCCACUGCAUCUUCGACACCUCGCAAUCGUUCGGGACACAGCCAUGCUCCACACCACUGUGCUCUACGUGCAUUACACUUCAACUAACUUCCGGGCCCUCGUCGAGACUGGGCAAGCAUUAUGGGAGGCUGUGGAAUACCCUGCGAAAAAGGCCAAAACGCUUCGGGCCAAGAUUCCGCCUGUUGAUGCCGUUCCUGAGCUUGACCAUUACGGAUUCCCCCAAACCGGGCCUCCCAAGGGACUCUUGAAGAAAGGGAAUGCUACUCUUUUUGAGUGCAUCGCAGCCGCAAAACCGUCAAACUACCUUCGAUCUAGCAGUGAUCCUACCGCAGUUCGACUCCAGGAUGGUAGCUGGGUCAUUCGGAAUGGCCACCAACGUGCCCCAGCGGGUGGCGAGCAAGCCGUGCCCGUAAGCGUCCGUCGCCCUGGCGGACGCCCCAAAGGCUCUCGCAAUCGACCUAAGUUGAUGAUCCAAGAGUCCCCGGCGGCCACCUCUGAAUCGGAUGAGGGAAAUGUGCAACAUCAUGCGGAAGACUUGGUCCGGCAAACCCCGACUCUAUCAAGAAUGGUGGCGAAGAAGCAUGAGCGCUUGAAAGGCCUGUCCAAAAGGGAAAGAUUUGAAGCUCUUGGCAUGGACGAGACAUGGACCGAAUAUAGCGCUCUAAUCAUGGAACGACCGACACCUGGGGUCUAUGUUACACCGCAUGGUCGCAGGAGACCAGCCGGUAAGGCGCGAGGCCGACCGAGACAGAGUCGGAUUGCAGUCUUCAAGUCUCCCAUGCUGAAUUCAUUGUCAUGGUUUGUGAAGGAACUAGACGACUCUGAUGGAGGUGAAGUGGUUCAAUCAAAGGAGACAACUCCGGCACACAUCGUUGCGGAUGGUGGGACUCCUGCAAUAGCGUCCAUCAAUGUACCUGAGCCUCGAACCACUCGCCAAGCCGUGGAAACCACACCAGUGGCUUCAAGAAAUGGCAAGCGAGCUCAGAGCUCUGGGGCUCGUGCAGAAUCUCCCACUGCUUCACCGACGGUUGAGCCGACCGUGAAACGGAGGGGACGGCCACCGAAAAGACGUCGCCUGGACAAGUCACAAGCUGGAAAUGAUGAACCUCUUUCUGCGCCUCCCGAAGAAGGGGCAAUUCCGGAUACCACCCUCUCGGAGGAUGUGACCCUGUUGGCCCCAGAUCGGGAUCAGGGUUCUGCUGUUCAUCCUCUGGAUGUUGACGCAACCCCGGAGACAUCAUCCAAACGACGGCGCCUCGCAUCUCCAGAGAACGCCAAUCGGCGAAGUGUGCCUCUGCAUAGGGCAUCCGGAAAUAUGCGUGCUCGUCUCUUUACCAAUGACUUGAUUUCCCCCAAAGCAGAAGCCGCUGAGAAUGGCGAUAUUUCGUCCGUACCGCCCACGCCUCCCGUCGACCGAGGUAGUCGAAGACUCGUUCCAGAAAAAACGCCGAGGGUACCACUUGCCGUCGAGAGAGGAGGUACUGUUGGUGUACUUCGAAGGAAGAUCAUCAUCGAUGUCGUCGAAAAAGCUGGCGGUGCAUAUCCCACGGGUACUGCAAUGUGGUAUCCUUUCGCGACGGCGUGGACGAAACUCAAUUACAAAGAGAAACCCGAUCUACGAACGGUGCAAUCAACAAUCAAGCAUCUAGUGGACGCCGGUCGACUCCGACAACUGACGUUCAGUGGUCGCAAUGGUAAAGGCAGGAUGGUGACGAAGACCAUGGUGACAAAGCCCGAGACUUCGCCAGAUGAUCCCUGGGUGAAAGAACUCCGGCAAAUGAUCUUGUCUGACGACCGGCGUAUCCAUUUUUCACCCAACAUCGAAAUUGCCUCUGACAUUACCAAGAGCGGCGCUGCGCGGCCUUAUGGUCAGCCGCCCCAGCAGCAAAAAUGGGCGCUACCGGUCGAGUCUAGCAUCACGGUGAAUUUACAGCAAAAGCCGGCCUCUGUCGAAUAUGCAGAAAAACGGAGGGAAAGAGGCAGACAGAAACAGCUGCUGAAGAGCCUUCAGGCCGACAUAGGUGCCUACGACGACGGCAGACAAGGAACCGGGGUCAAACGGCUCAUGAAGAUCAACCGCCCUUCGACGACGCAAGAAUAUACAUUUGUUCAAACAUCGAUAUCUCGACCUACGGAAGGCAAGAAGCGCGGACGCCCGCGCCGGGAUUCUACUGGCGUGCGGCGUUUUGUCAAGAUGCUUUCCACUCUCAGGCCAUACGCCAUGCUGAUGAAUCCAGGACAGACCUUCCAUACAACUACUGGGACAUUUUCUACAGGGACUGGCUCGGUAGCAUUCCGCAAGCCGAGAGAAAUUUCAAGGAGGCCCCCUGUUGAUGUGCAAGAGUCCGUUAACGAGUUGGCGCAGCUGGCUCGCCCGGCGGAUACUACGAACUUCUUUACGGCGGCCGACAAGAUCCUCAAGUGGGAGCUGCAACAUGGGGGAGUAUUUGAUGGCAAUCUCGGGGGUUUCCGGUCUAUUGAUCAGACCGUUCACGAUGCUGGUUUCCAAACUGCCCCGAUUCUCGGUGAUAUUCGCUUUGAUGUUGACCAGCCUGCCCCGGCCUUACCGACAGCGAGGCCACCGAUGACUACGCGGAAAGAAACGUCUCGUCGUAAGCAGCAGCAGCCGCCGCCGCCGCAACAGACCCCGGUAGAUCGCCGACUGGAGAGACUGGCGGAUCCUGCGGCAGUCGUUGAAGCCCCCACCCCUGUACCGCGACCGAUCUACCGUCGCCAGCGACAUGCACGUCCAUUGCCCGAGGUCCUGACCCGGAAGCUCAUGAUUGCGCUUGUGGUCGUUCGCAUUCUGGCUGGUGGAGCGGAAGCCAAACUGGUCGAUUGGGUUCUCGUCGCGGCCUGCUUCCCGGAACAAGACCCGAAGUUUAUCGAAGACCGAGCUCGAAUGGUUCUCACCAAGAACCGCUUGCAGAUUGCCAAGAUGCAACGGGAUUUCCAAGAACGAUUCAUUGCAGCAUACAUCAAGAAUCGCGUGCCUCCGAUUGACUACGGCAAUAUCGACAACUACGACUGGCCGGCCGUUGUUGAAUGGGCUGAUCGGGAACUGGAUGUGCCGGUAUCUGAGAAUAUCCCAGAUCUGCCUGCCACCCGCCAGCAAUUCGAUAGCAUCUUCGAGCUGCGCGAAGAGCCUGUGACCGCAGCCGACGAUUUUUUCCAGACGAUGCACUCUAUCACCAUCCACCGCAAGCGCACUAUGCUGGCUCAAAUCGCAUUUGCCAUUCCUACAGAGGGUGAAAGCCAGCCCGCCGGUCGUCGGAAGGCUGAGUUGGAGCGUCUUGAAGUCGCCAAGACUUGGGUUCGUGCCAACGUUGUUACCCCCGAGGAGGGCUACAACGGAGCCGAGGCAGAAAAGAUCCUAUCGCGCUUCGGCGAGCCGCUGCUCAACAGUGCAGUGCAAUCUCUGUUGACCGAGCGUGUAAUCGGCCACUCCAAUCGUGGUCGAGUCAUCCCCGGCCGCAACUACGAUAUCACAGAUCAUUUCCUGCACACACUGAGUCGCAAACGUGGCAUUGACAGCAUGCAACUGCACCGUGCAGCUUACUUCAAGACCUCUAUCCUCGACCCCCAGCUCCAGUCCACCGGUUAUGCAGAUGUGCAGUACGGCGCCGACGACGGCGAUAUCCUGGCUCUCAUCAAUCUCGCCACCAGCGGCCGUGUCUCCCUGCGUCCUCGCGACCCUCCGCGCGACAAAUUCGGUCUCACAGACGGCGGAUACCUGACGCGGCAGAUGGACAAGAUGCGACUGCGCUUCGCUAUCGAGGUGCGCCCACUUGAGACGUAUGUGUACGGCAAUCCGAUCGACGGGCUCGCCACCUCCAUUCCUGCCCCAUCCUACCAGCCAUCUGCAGACCCGUCAUUGCCGCCGAAGAUCCCGCUCUGGCUUGAUAUCAAUGGACAGUUCGUGCAGCGUCUCUGGGAGAAGGUGGCAGGCGCCGUUGUGGGGUGCGUGGCUGUCCGACCGGGGAUCAAUGCUGCCAGUAUUGCGAGUAUGAUCAAGCCCGCAAUGGGCGCGUGGGAGACGUCGUUGCUGCUGGGGUGGUUGGAGCAGGUCGGUGCGGUGCGUCGGCAUGGAAUGGACGAGCAGGCUACCUGGACGGUACAAGAAUGGUGGUGGAUGUCUUUGCCAUGA